AUGGUGAGCGCUCUGGAGCAGGAGCAGGCCGAGGAGGCUCUGAAGAACGUCAAGAAGGUCACGCACCACAUGGGCCACUCCAGAAACCCAUCCGCCGCCAGCGCCAUCUCCUUCUGCAGCGUCAUCUCCGAGCCCAUCUCAGAGGUCAACGAGAAGGAGUACGACCGGCUCAACUCCUCCAUCACCAGCACCACCAGCACACUGGUGCCCGGCAUGCUGGAGGAGGAGGAGGAGGAGGAGGAAGAGGAGGAGGACUACACCCCCGAGCCCAUCUCUGUGCAGGUGCCGCCACUCAGCUCCAGGAUCGAGUCCUGGGUCUCCAAAACCCUGGAGAACAUGCAGCUGCGCAGACAGAGCAGCACCGAGGACGAGGAGGAUGAAGAUGAGGAAGAGCGGCGCAGCGACGAGGAGGAGCUCGACUCCUCUGAUCUCACCGAACCGGCGGCGAGUUCACACACGGGAUGAGAGGUCACACGUAACACAAACACGACUCAGGAACCGAUAACGGACAGACCGACCGCUCACACGCUCUCUGUGAAUAACUCACGCUCAUAUCACGCCUUCAGAAAUCACACAGAAGCACUGUAAAGCAUCAUAACAGACGCCUGCAUGCUUAGUUUGGAUUAGGGUGAACAACUGAAUCUGAAAUCACUCAUUCACAAAGUAAACAACAGCAAACACACCACCGGUUUGGUCGUGUAACCGGACUUAAAGCACCAUCAAAUCACCAUUUACUAAAGAUAUUUUAAAGAACCAACUUUGGACCCCAUUGACUUCUGGUAUAUAGACAAAUAAAUUAAAAUAUCGUCUUUUGUGCUCCACUAAAGAAAGUAAGUCGGUAAGAACUAAAAGUAAGAAAGAAAGAACUAAAUAAUGACAGAAUGAUCAUUUUUGGGUCAACUAUUCCUCUAAAGUAUGAUAUUUGAGAGCUGUACUGAAUCACUGAAUCAAAUGAAUCGCUAUCAUGAUGCUUUACAGUGUUUUUGUGCUUCUCCCUUAAAAACGAGCAGCUGAACAGUCUUCUGAACAUCUCGUCCGUGUUGCACUGAAGAAAUAAAGUCACACGUGUUUAAAGUGAGUAAAUGAUUGAGCGUUUAGGUGAAUUAUUUCUUAAAAUCGAUGAAGUUUUGUCCGUGGCUCUCAUCUGAACGUGCGUUUCGUUUAACCGGGAAAAGCGAACGCGAAGCAUUAACAAACAAGCAGCAGACGUCUUGAACAAAUGAACCAAUCCUGUG